AUGGUUUGCAGGAUCACGCGGCCGUACAUCCCUAGCGAUAUUAAAAGAGGCAUAACAAUUUCAAAAGAGAAGAUGAUGCGAGGAGUGCGCCGCGGCUGCGUCAGACUGCGGGCGGCUGUCAUCGGCAUCGACGACGAAGACGACUCCACCUUCACUAUCACGGUCGAUCACAAGACGUUCCACUUCCAGGCCAGAGACGGUUCAGAGCGAGAACGGUGGGUGCGCGCUUUAGAAGACACGAUAUCGCGGCACGGCCGGCGCGAGCGCUGGUCGCGGUCUAUGCCGGCCCCUCGCCAUCGACAUGGAGACUUGGAGCGCCGCAUCUCUGAAGCAGACGCCUACCUGCAGAUCAUGAUCGAGCUAGUGUCGAAAAUGAACACGCGAGUAUCGGAACUAGCUGAUCCUCAUGAAAAGAGUAAAGGACAAGUAAUUUUAGAUCACUCCAAUGCAAUGUUGGAUAACAUUAAACAUUCCAUAGUGCUUCUUCAAAUAGCUAAGAAUACAGUAAAUCCCGUCAAUGGCGUGUACCAAGGACCAACGAAUUCCCAAUCACAUAUCAAACAAGGUAUUUACGUAACAUUUGAAUAUGACAAGUAUUUAUUAUCAUACAUUUAA